AUGGCAACUUGGUCUUCCGGUUUAUUUGAUUGCAUUGACGACACCAAUUCGUGCAUGUACUCAUUCGUGUGUACUCCAUGUGCUUUGGCCUCUGCUAAAUCACACGUCGAUGGUUCUUAUUGGUUUUUCAAUUGUUUAAUUUCAAGUUUAAUUCCAUGUAUUGCAUCACCCGCGUAUAGACAUAGUAUUAGAACGAGUUACGGAAUCAAGGGUUCAGUAACUGAGGAUUGUGUAUCUGGAGCUUUUUGCUCUUGUUGUUCAACAGGUCAAUUAUUGAGAGAGGCUCAAGCAAGAGGACCUAGUACUUAUUCCAUGUUUUAA